AUGCAGCGUGCGAAUAAAGUCAACGUCGCGAACGUAUUCACUGCCGCCGGCACACAUCUGCGGCCCAACUUGCGCGUGAAAGCCAGUCCGCCCAGCAGUCGUGUCUGUACGCCGGUCAUAAAGUACGAACCGACGUCCACAGCCGAUGACAAUGAGCGUGAGGGCGAUUUGGCCGGUGUGCCUAGCCUUGGUAUGGUCACGCAAAGCGGUGCGAUUACAGUUGGUAUCACUGGUGAUGGCAGCGCCGCGUUGCCCGGUGAUUGUACCGACGAUGAGCAACCAUGUGAUCUGCGCUUAAGCGCUUUUCCGAUGAAUCUGGUGUCGAUGGCGAUACAACGGGCUGCACUACAGUCCAUAGCGGCCGCACCGUCAACCCACCUCACGUCCCUGAUGAACUUUCCGCAUUCGCACGUCGGCACACAUGCACAAUUGACGACGCAAACAACAGCACAAUCACGUGCACUAUCACCAACACGCCGUUAUAGCAUCAGCACCAGUACCGCUACGGGUAAUAAUGUAACUGGUGUUGGUGCGGGCGUAGUGCCUUCAAAUAGAGACACAACCCCACCGCUUACGGGUAGUGGUGUUGGUGUUGUUGUUGGCGGCAACAUGAACACUGUGCCGUUAACUACUGGUACGAGUGCGCCUAGCAUCACCUCAGGCGGUCCAUCUACCUCGGCAGCGGCGGCGGCAGCAGCAGCGGCCGGCAACACCACCCUCAUAAUAGGCAGCAGUUGUGGCGAUGAGGCCGCCAUCGGCGCCGGUGUGUUGAGCAAUAGCAGCAGUGCUGCUGGCAGUAGUCACAUGACGGCCAUUACAUCCGGUACCGGUGGUGGUGGCACCUUCGGUGGCGCCUACACAUGCGAACGUUGUGGGAAUUCGUAUGCACGACCGCAUAGCCUAAAUCGGCAUAUGCGUUUCGAGUGCGGCGUCGAGCCGAAAUUCGAAUGUCCGAUUUGUCACAAGAAGUCAAAGCAUAAACAUAAUCUCGUCCUGCAUAUGCGCACGCAUCAACAUCGAUGA